AUAACGGAGGUGUGUGGCUGCUUGUGAGGUGAGACGUGUGUGUGUGUGGUGUGCUCCUCCUUCACUCUGGUCUACACUAUAGUGAGCCAGAAAAUAACUUCUCAUUGUGUGACAUUUGGCAAGUUGCAACAUAAGAAGAAACGAAUUAGAGAAGAGAUAAGAGGAAAGUAUACUAAGCAUAUCAACAACUGCCCCAACUACACGGACACACGGACAGGAGAGAUAGAUAGUGCAGGGGGGGACAUGAUAACAACAUAAAAGAUACUCAAGGAAAUUGACACGGUAGACAAAGUGCAGCGUUCUUCAAAGCUAUGAACAGCAGAACGAGGGUCACAGAUGGCAACUGGUGACGCAAAUGAGCCACGGAGUCACGAGGAACCACUUGCUCAGUGUAAGAUCUGUCAAUAGAUGUAAUAGAUCAGACGCACAAGUCCUUGAACCUAAGUCCAUUACAAUUUGUAAAUAUAAAUAUGAUAACAGCGUGAGAAGUGAGUCAUUGCAUUCAUCUACGAACGUUGAGAAGGCGGGGCCAGGAGCCUAACUCGACCCUGCGAGCACAUCUAGGUCACCGGGAGCCUCGUACAGAGAUGAGACGAGGCUUGUGAUUGGCCAGUCCGGCAGCUGCGCCUGUGCUCAUUGGCCGAGAGGGCGUCGCCUCCUCAGUGUCCCGGGGAAGCUUUCUACACACUCCCAGACAGAAGCUUCCCAUACCUCCCACAGUUCGUGACUGAUUGUGAGUGUUGACUGGGGUCAACCCCAGCUUGAGGCCCCGUCAGGGUGCUAUAAACAAGUGACAGUCACAGUCGGUGGUUAAAUGUGGGCGGAAAACUAGUGAGUGGUACCUGAGUCCCCUCGGUGUGGCGGUGGCGGGACGCACGCUCAGUUAGUGUAAACCUGGCUCCCCUCGAGAGCGGACGUGGAUCGAUGAUGGUCCGUGGCGGCCUCUUGUUUAUUUGAAUAAUGGUGGGUGGAGAGCGUGGCGGGGCGGAACAGUAGGCGGUCGGAGGUGUGACUAUGUGCUGGUGUGAGGCCAGUGGGGACCAACGGCGCCUCACAGCACCAUAAUGCGUAAUUCAGUAUGUUUAUCGUCCUUCAUCCUCCUGGUGGCCACUCUGGCGGGCGCCACGGAGGGCGAGACGGCCAAGGAAUCUCGCUGUGAAGAAAUAACCAUACCAAUGUGUCGUGGGAUCGGCUACAACAACACCUCUAUGCCCAACCAGUUCAACCACGACAGCCAGGACGAGGCCGGCCUCGAGGUGCACCAGUUCUGGCCGCUCGUCGAGAUCAUGUGCUCUCAGGACCUCAAGUUCUUCCUCUGCUCAGUCUACGCCCCCAUCUGCAUCGAGGACUACGACAAGCCCCUGCCGGCGUGCAGGAGCGUGUGCGAGCGCGCCAAGGCAGGGUGUGCGCCCAUCAUGCACCAGUAUGGGUUUGGCUGGCCGGAGAGAAUGGACUGUUCCAAGCUGCCGGACUAUGGCGACACGGUCCACCUCUGUAUGGAUAAGCGUAAUGGAUCUGCGCCAGAGAAGAACUCUAAAAGUGUUGUGACUUUAGAUAAUCAGUGUCGAGGGAAGAACUCUAAAUACUGCCCCAAGACGCCCCGCCAGGGCGCGUGUCAGUGCUCGUGUCAGUUCCCGCUCGUUAAGCUCGACGCUACCUAUCGCCAGUUCAGUAAAAGCCGUAACGAGUCAUUUAAGGUGGGGGAGGUGCAGGACUGUGCGCUGCCCUGUGAAGGUGUCUAUUUUAGCCAAGACGAAAGAACAUUUGCACAAUUCUGGAUCGCCACGUGGGCAAUACUGUGUUGCGUGUCGACGUUAACGACAAUCACGACCUUCCUGAUCGACAUGGACCGGUUCAAGUACCCAGAGCGGCCCAUCAUCUUCCUGAGCGGGUGCUACUUCAUGGUGUCGGUCGGGUACAUCAUCCGGCUGGUGGCGGGGCACUCUGAGGUGUCGUGUGACGGGGAGAUGAUCAUCCUCAACUACCACCUGGUGCGUCACAACACCUACGGCUCCGGCCUCUGCACCACCGUCUUCCUCCUCGUCUACUUCUGUGGGAUGGCCUCCAGCAUCUGGUGGGUCGUACUCGCCUUCACCUGGUUCCUCGCAGCUGGCCUCAAAUGGGGCAACGAGGCCAUAGCCGGUUACUCCACCUGGUUCCACCUGGCUGCUUGGCUCAUCCCGACCGUCCAGAGCAUCGCCGUGCUCGUCAUGGCCGGUGUGGACGGGGACUCUGUGGCCGGAAUCUGUUACGUGGGCAACCAGAACACCGGCAACCUACGAGUCUUCGUUCUUGCGCCUCUCUUCAUCUACCUGGUCCUCGGCUCCUGCUUCCUCCUGGCCGGCUUCGUCAGCCUCUUCCGCAUCCGGAACGUGAUCAAGCAGCAGGGCCGGACCAAGACAGAGAAGCUGGAGAAACUGAUGAUCAGGAUCGGGGUGUUCAGCGUCCUCUACACCGUGCCCGCCACUAUCGUCAUUGGCUGCUACUUCUACGAGCAGUUGUACGUGGCCAACUGGCAGGACUCGUUGGUGUGCCCGUGUAGCCCCCACCAGGGCCAGCGGCCUGACUACUCUGUGCUCAUGCUCCGCUACUUCAUGACACUGGUCGUGGGCAUCACCGCCGGGUUCUGGAUCUGGUCGGGUAAGACCCUGGACUCGUGGCGACGGUUCUACCAGCGGCUGUGUCCCGGGGCACACGGGCACACCUACGAGUACCCGACGCGACCCAUUAAGGAGGCGACAGCGCCCUCCUGUGCGUCGUUCCCUCCCCCGCCCCUGAGCGCCCAGGGCACGACCCACAGCGUGGCGUCGCACAUGGGGCCUGUGAACAAGACACUGCCACUCUCACACGUAUGACAAGAGAGGGAGGAGGGGGGCUACCUGGCUGGGGCCCAGAGCACCAUGGGGGGCUGCCCCGCCAGCGUGGUGAGCGGCGCGCCCUCCACCUGCCACAGCGUCACCACGCCCCACGUCUACGUCGACCCCAGGGACGAGAUCCUGCCCUACGAGCUCUGAGCGUCACCCCCAAGAACGAGACCUUGCCUACGAGCUUCAUCCCACACUACGCGAUAUGGUGCACGUAGUGAAUGACUCACUCACCUGGAAGAUGCAAAUGGAGGUGGUUGUGUUGGUGAACCUUGUGGUAGCAGCUCUGAUCCACACGUGUUUUUCAUUGGUGGAAGCCAUGUUCCACUACUCCCCACAAGUUAGUGGUGACGGUUCAGCUCCCAUGUACCGUGUCAGUAGGUGGGUAGCAGGCGUGCUCCCUAGUGGUAUAUAACAUAGUGGGGAAAUAAUUACAUGCUCAAAGCAGCCCUCUUCCCAUAUGGCAGUGACACGCCCCACCCCUUGAGAUGGGCACUCUAUGGGGUGCCAAAACUCAAGUGCCCACACCGUUUCCUGUGAUGACUUGUAUCCAAUCGUUUACGAUACUAUGUAGUGGCAACUCGCUGUUGUCCACAACACAGAUCCACGACGCCAAGUUGACAACAUGACAGUAUUUUCUUGGCAGUAUUUUCGAGUUGACCCGUGCGAAUAGCGCGGCAUAUCCCACAAUGCAGUUUGCCAAAAAUGAUGUUGUAAGUGAGUCAAUUGGUCUGUAGUAAGAUUAUUGACUGUUAAAAGGUGCAAUCAAACAAAUGUAUUAUAUUGGUGUAAUUAUGUUGAUUUAUUUAAAUGUAAAAAAUGUAUAUUUCGUGUAUAAAGGCUUUCACAUUUGUAGAGUGUACAUAUUUUUAGCUUUUGAACGAUUAUGUCUAUAUGUGCUAUAAAUGUCAUUUUUAUAUGUACUAUCUUUAAGUCGCCCCUUGCAUAUCAGUAUGAAUUAAACCUAUGCUGUGAAAUGUC